CAAUCGGCUGGUGCAGCUAGUGUCCGUGCACUCAUGGGCUCGCCCAAAGCGAUUGGGAAAUAUGCGGUGGCUGUUCAGAUGAGUAAUCUUGCUGGGUCCAACUACGCCACAACUUACUCUCUCUACAAUACUACGGAGGAGAGCUACGGGACUGUCGUCGUGCCAAUCUUGGAAGAGACAGGGUGUGCCAACGUUACGGAUCAGGUGGCGUGUUUGAAGGCGUACGACGCGACUGAGUUAGUCAAUCUUGAAGAUGUUGCAAGAUAUGUGCUCGUGGAUGGGGCGUACAUCACACAGCGUGAGUUACCUCUUGACGGGUCUGCUCCCGUCGCGGACGUUCAUUUCAUGAUGGGAUUUAUGAGAGAUGACGGUGCCGCGUUCAUUGGAUACCCUACCAGCACGAACGAGACCGCGGCUCUCGAAGCUCAGAGUCUCCCGGUUGUUCCAGGUAACUCUCUCUUCGCAAUCCCGUCUGGACCGAACGCGACUCUUGAUGUCUUUAACGUCACAGCCCGCGUCACGACUGACAUCGAGUUCCGCUGCUUGGAUCAAGCUACAGCCUACGCCGGUGUCGUCCACGACCUCUUCCAGGACGUCUGGUUCUACGAGUUCAACCGUAGUUACCAAACGCCAGGUUUCGACCCCAACUAUCCCGUCUGCGAGGCUCCCAUCACUGAGGAUUUCCCGUACGGUGAUCCAAAUCAGGAGUACUUCAAAUGUCAUUCCGGCGAAUUGUACUACGUAUUCGGCAACCUUCCCACGAACCGUCCUCCGCGAGAUCAGCACGACAUCCCCUUCGAGCAGGAAAUGGUCGAUAUCUGGACCUCAUUUGCACGGACCUACAACCCCAAUCCUGAUCCAAAUUAUUUGACUGCGAGACGCUACACGAGUACGAAGGAGGAGUUGAAGGCGGAGGGAGCGUGGACGCCUGUUACGAAGAGGAGUUUGGCGCAGGGGGGGAUGCCGGUGAGGGAGUUGAUGCGGCCUAGUUAUCAGACGGGAUGGGGAGAUAUGGAACAGUGUGCGUCUUUGGGAUACCCAAUUGAUUACUAUGCGUGAUGAAAGGAGGACGGGGGAGUGGUGUGAUCAACAUGUAAGAUUAUAGCGGAUUAUGAACAAUGAGUGGACGUUGAAGGUAUUGCCUUCCAAUAAACCAUAUUCGUGUCCUCCUCCGCUUCCACUGAAGCUGGUUACAUGUCGUGUCGUUUGAUGAAGUCGCUCGAGGAAUUGUCCGCGCAAUACGAUGAAACUAUCUCGAAGGUGAUGGCGAGCCUGUUGAGUUCAAGAGGACCUGCCUGAUCCGCAUAGUAGCAUCCUUCAUUUCUUGUAC